AUGGUGAUAUGGAAUGUUAGCAAGAGUGCUGAAUUUUCAGUGAAAGAGACUUAUAAAUCCUUGCUUCCUCAUAAGGAGUAUAUUACUUGGAAUUCUCUUGUUUGGUUUAGAUUUCGUAUCCCCAGGCCCUCCUUUAUUGCUUGGGUUACUCUCCAUGGUAAGUUGAUGAUUAGGGAUAAGUUAGUUCAAUGGAAGGUCAUAACUAUUUCUUCUUGCUUGUUAUGUGAUGCGGCAGAAGAAAAUGAAAAUCACUUAUUUCAUGGGUCUGAAUUUGCUGGCCAGGUAUGGAGUGGACUAAUUCUUAAAAUGGGAUAUCUAAGAGAGAUCUGCAGCACUUGGCAGGAGGAAAUUCAAUGGUAUGUUUCUCACUUUUGGGGAAAAUCUUGUGUUGCUUUGAUCAAGUUGUUGAUUUUUAACAGCUUCAUUUAUAACAUUUGGAGGGAAAGGAAUUCUAGGAUUUUUGAAGUUAAAUACAAUUCCAUUGAGUCUAUGAGCUUUCUUAUUGUGCAAGAAGUGCGGCUUAAACUGAGUGCCCAUAAGUUGAAAGAUGAAGAAUCCGAUGCUAUAGGAAGUUCAUGGAUAGAUGGAGAGUUAGCUGUGAUUUCAUGCUUAAACAACCAAUUUUAUGUGCCUGGUGUUUGA